CCAUCACUUGUGGCCACCCUGGCAACCCUGCCAAUGGUUUGACCCAAGGAACUCAAUUCAAUCUGAACGAUGUGGCCAAGUUUGUGUGCAACACUGGGUAUCGCCUGGAAGGAGCAGCCCAGUCCCAGUGCUUGGCCAACGGCCAGUGGAGCAGCACCCUGCCUGCCUGCCGUGUGGUGUCUUGUGGCCACCCUGGCUCCCCACCCCAUGCCCAGAUCUCAGGGGACAAGCACACUGUGGGCUCCGUGGUGAGGUACAGCUGCCUCGGCAAGAGGACACUGGUCGGCAACUCCACCCGCAUGUGCCAACUGGACGGACGCUGGAGCGGCUCCCUGCCACACUGCUCAGGAGGCAGCCAGGGCGUGUGUGGUGACCCAGGGAUCCCCUCCCAUGGCAUUGGGCUGGGAGAGGCCUUUGAUGUGGGCAGUGUGGUGAGGUUCAGCUGUGAGCCUGGCUACACCCUGCGGGGCUCAUCUGACAGGACCUGCCAAGCCAACGGCUCCUGGAGCGGCACCCAGCCGGAAUGUGAAGUUAUAUCCUGUGGAAACCCAGGAACCCCCAGCAAUGCCAGAGUCAUCUUCAACGAUGGCUUGGUGUUCUCCAGCUCCAUCAUUUACCAGUGCAGGGAAGGCUAUUACUCCACAGGAGUGCUGAGCAGGCACUGCACGGUGAAUGGGACGUGGACUGGCACCAGCCCAGAGUGUACAGUGAUCAACUGUGGAGACCCUGGUGUGCCAGCCAACGGGGUCAGGCUGGGCAGUGACUUCACCUACAACAGGUCAGUGGUGUUCCAGUGCACCCCUGGGUACAUGAUGGAGUCAGACAGAGCAUCUUCUCUCACCUGCACCAAAGACCGAACCUGGAACGGCACCAAACCUGCCUGCAAGGCCAUCACCUGCAAAGCUCCCCAGCCCAUUCCCAACGGGAAGGUGGUGGGCUCUGAUUUCAGCUGGGGCUCCAGUGUGAGCUAUGCCUGCCUGGAGGGUUACCAACUGUCCCUGCCUGCUGUGCUCACCUGCGAGGGCAACGGCACCUGGAGUGGAGACAUCCCCCAGUGCUUCCCUGUGUUCUGUGGUGACCCAGGGACACCUGCCCAGGGCAGGAGGGAGGACAGAGGCUUCACCUACCGCUCCUCAGUCUCCUUCUCCUGCCUGGCCCCACUGGUGCUGGUGGGCUCAGCACGGAGGUUCUGCCAGUCUGAUGGGACCUGGAGUGGGACCCAGCCCAGCUGCAUAGAUCCAAGCCUGACCACGUGUGCUGACCCUGGAGUUCCUCUCUUUGGCAUGCAGAACAGCUCCCAGGGAUUCCAGGUGGGAAGCAUCAUCUUCUUCAAGUGCCAGAAGGGUUACCUGCUGCAAGGCUCCACCACCAGGACCUGCCUGCCCAACCUGACCUGGAGUGGAGUUCAGCCCGACUGCGUCCCUCACCACUGCAAGCAGCCAGAGACACCUUCCCAUGCCAAUGUGGGGGCUCUGGAUUUGCCAUCUCUGGGCUACACCUUGAUUUACUCCUGCCAGAGUGGCUUCUAUCUCACCGGAGGCUCUGAGCACAGGACCUGCAAAGCAGAUGGGAGCUGGACAGGGAAACCUCCCAUCUGCCUGGCCGACGUCCGGCCCAGCGGGAGACCAGUGGGCACCGCGCGGGACCCUCCGCUCGCCAAGCUCUCAGUGCCUGCUGAUGUGUUUGCAAGGAAUUCCCUCUGGAAAGGCUCCUAUGAGUACCUGGGGAAGAAACAACCUGCCAUGCUCUCUGUCACCAGCUUCGACCCUGCCACCGGUAAAGUCAACGCCACCUUGAUAGACCACAGUGGUGUGGAGCUCCAGGUGUCAGGCAUUUACAAGAAGGAAGAUGUGCACCUGCUCCUCCAGGUUUACCAGAUCAUGGGGCCAGUGGAGAUCUUUGUCAACAAGUUCAAAAAUGAUAAAUGGGCUCUGGAUGGACAUGUCUCCUCGGAGGCAUCGAGCGGCACCUUCGUGUACCAAGGCUUCGUCAGAGGCAAAGGCUUCGGGCAGUUUGGCCUCCAGAGACUAGACAUCAGCAUGAUGGAAAACGACCCUGAAUCAAUAGGACACCACUUUGCAUCCAACAGCAGUUCCGUGGCAGCUGCCAUUCUUGUGCCUUUCAUUGCCCUGAUUAUUGCAGGGUUUGUGCUUUAUCUCUACAAACACAGGAGAAGACCAAAAGUCCCUUUCAAUGGCUAUGCAGGCCAUGAGAACACCAACGUCCGAGCGACCUUCGAGAACCCGAUGUACGACCGGAACCUGCAGCCCACAGACAUCAUGGCCAACGAGACAGAGUUCACA